UGUUUUUGCUAUUGUGCCGUUACAUCAAGUCUGUGACUUCGACUAGCGUCACAUAUUUUUUAACCUUCCCCAGUCUUAUCUUAAUUCGCUUGUAACAAAGCCCCUCCUACUUUUGUCACUACCGCUGACUGGUCUGGCCCACCACGUCCUCGAACCGUGACGAUGACAAAAAACACAUCCACGAAGACCUAUAACCUUCGCUCGCGCACUCGCACUAGAGCCAGUUCAGUUUCUACCCCCGCAAGUGAGAAAAAUGCACUGGUGAGAGAUGUCUACGCAAAUUUUAUUGUUGAUCUUCUGUCUUUAGCCGAUAAAGCUGCGAAGGAUCCUGUUCCAGUGGACGGGACUCCAGCGCCGGCUGAAUCUCCUCUGACCUCGAUAGAAGGGUCUCCGAGGACCGAGGCUAAAAGCCCAACUGCACUGGAAACCACUCGUUCGUAUAGCGAGGUGGUCCGUGCGAGUAGCCCUGCAUCGGACCAUAGGGUCGGGCAGGAGAGUAUAACAGAUCUAGACGGCAUCAAUGCCCGUGCAAAUGAUAAUGUUAGCACCCCAGCUGGAGGAACAAAUGAUCAUGUUACCUUUCGAACAGCUAACGAGGGGAGUGAGAGCUCCGGAGAGAGCGACGACGGUGAUGACCGUCCAUGGACCACAGUAGGCCGAAGGAGCCGCCGUGGCUUAAAAGACUUAACAGAACAGGCGAAGAAACCUGGAGAGCUCACUGUUGAGCAAAUUAAAACGGUAGACACGGCCAGGAAGAGCCUUACUGAAGCCGAGCGAGUGAGGCUGAGCCAACGCGAAGCCAAUAUCAAACAGCACAUGUCCAACCGCCAAAAGACCAGAGGACCUGAGACCGCCGGCCCAUCCAAGGGCAAGGGUGCGGACCCAGGAAACUGGGGUGCCCUGGACAGCGAGGAGGACAUCGACCUCGAGGGGCAGCGAGCUGCCCUCGAAUCAUAUAAGGCAGCUAAAGAAUUAGCUGAGGCGUCAGAUUCUGCUCAUGAGUCGGAGGAAAACGGAUCGCUUACUGGUCCAGAUCCACCGUUAGCGAGCAGUGACGAGCAACCCGACGACAUCUUCACCCGAGCUGUGAGAGAGCAGCAAGUGGUUAAGGAGGCGGUCAGAAGGGCCGAAAGACGCGUGAGACAGGAGUAUGAGCAAAAGAUGAAAGAGCUCACCUCUAAAUUGAAGGGAGACAGGCGCGCUCAUACACACGAGCCUGCCAGAGCCUGGAUUGACCCUGUUGAGAAAAUAGUCAACAGGGCAAUGGAGCCCGUGGGGCAGGUGGCAGCCAAGUCCUACAUCAGGCAGGCACUGGGACGCCUCGGAAAGGGAUAUGAUGAUGGUGACGAGUCUGACUCGUCAUCCAGCUCGAGCUCAAGCUCAAGCUCAGACACGUCGAGCUCUAGCAGCGACGAUGUGAGGAGGAAACAUAAGAAAUCCUCUAAGAAACGUUCUAAAAACAAGAAAACAAUGUUGAAGCCUAUAGCACCUACCACGUACGACGGAGCUGUGGACUCACGAGCCUUCCAUCGGUUUAUCACCGAGGGGACAGCCUAUGUGAAGGACGGACAUGUGAAGUCCAAAAAGAGAGCCUUCGUUCUAUCCCAUUUCCUAAAAGGAAAAGCGCAUGAGUUCUACAUACGAGAGGAAGUACAGGCAGCGGCUGAGAUCAUUGAGAUCGCUCACUCUGUACCCAUGGGACGAGAGAAGCGAUCCGGGCAAAAGGAAAGGGCACCGGCGGCCAUCACGGCCGGAGCAACAACGCCCGUAUCGAAUCCUAGGAGGAAUAGGGACAGACGGUCCCAGCAGGAUGACCGGACAAGGGCAACCAAACUGGGUCCAGGUGCCAGCGGGGACACCGAGCACCUAAGGGAGCUCGCUGAAUCAACAACGACCCAGGAUGAGGUAUUCCUGGGAUCGACGGCUUUAUGGCUGGAGGACGUGGACUCCUCCUGUCCACCGUCCCCAAAGGUACGACCUCGGGGAUUCAGAGACCCUACCGCGAGACGUGCAGCCGAUCUCCUGCAGGGGAUUAAGUACCCAGGAGACGAGCGUGGAGACCUGGAUCAGGACUGGGACGACCAUGACCGGUUCAACGUGUACUCAAUUACCUUCAUAAGGACCGGGAAGUGGACCUAA